UUCUACAAAACUAUAUAAUUCGCAAAAGCAAAUGGAGAAGCUAUAUCUCGCUACGCAGUCCUGCUGCAACCAUGGAAACGACAGGACGCUGAGCGAACCUGCCUUGCCGAAACCGGUGUUCCAGUAAACCAUAAACCAUAAACAUAAAUUUAGGCAACUAUCAAAGUGAUAAAUUCUUCGGUGCUCAACUACUCAUCGCAAUGAUGGAACAGUUUCAAGCAACAGUCGGAGACAAGACCGUGCCUGUGCAAAUAACUGUUCUAAAUGGAAACAACUUGAAGGGAGGUAAGGGCAAGUCGUACCUCAGUGUGGUGAGGGCUGAGUUCAGCGGUUCAGUGCUGGGGGAAUCACAGAAGAUGGAGACCUUACCUGACCAGAGUGUGGAGUAUAACUUCACCUGUGGCUUCAGUUGUGGAAGUGGAGCCAAUAGCCUGGACGACCUGGCACACAAACCACUAAUCUUGACAGUGAUGGAGGUUCUGUCCAAAGAGAAGAAACAGAAGGAGGAGAAGUCUAUAGUCCUGGGCCAGGCUACCCUGGACCUGCUGCCUCUCCUCCAGGGUGAGUGCAGCUCUACCUGUGUGGCUGUUCUGCACCUGACCCCCGAUUCGCCUGGAGAGGCUGCCUCUGAGGCCAGCAGCCAGCCCACCCUGGCCGUGACCAUCUGUGUCCCUGAGCCUCUGCUGUCUGAUGCCCACCUCAGCCAAUCGAAUCUACUCAGGGUUGCUGUGGAAACAGCAUAUUCCGUCCCAGAAUCCUGGAAUACCGGCACUGGGCCCCCUUUCAACUAUGUUGCCGCUCUACAGGUGCCCCAGUCAACGGAGAAGGAGCAGACGCUGUUGUUCUCCAACGGAGUGCUGAAAGCGGGCGGGGAGAGAGAGCCCCACUCCAGGCCCAAAAAGUGGCCCCUGGGGCCCCUGCAGGCCCCCGGAGCCCAGUUCGUGCCAGGAACCUCUAUAGAUAUGCAGCCAAUUGAGACAGAGGAUGGAGACCUGACUGGUGUGGAGGACAGGGAGUUCCGCGCGGAGGUGGAGACGGACAGGAAAAGGGUGAGCUGGGACACAGAACGGCGCUGUUUUUUGGAUCCCGGGGCAGUGGCCAGUCUGACCCGGCAGAUUGAGGCCUGUCGCCUGUGGCCAGUGGAGGUGAUGAGGUCACCACAGGGCGGGGCCCCGAAAGCAGGGAAAGCUGGGAAGGCGCAGGCAGAGGAGGAGCCUCUCUCAUUCCACGGCGUGGCCUACGUGGACCUGGGCCCUCUGCUGUACCCCGGGGCCAAACGCAUCCGUGGGGCCUACCCCCUGUGGCCCUUCUACGAGUCCGACCUGGAGGCCAAGACCAAGCGGACCGCCAGCGUCCUGAGGGAGGCCGUGCGGCCGGUGGUGGUUCAUCCUAAACGCCGUGCGUCUUCCGCCCUGAGCACGCAGGGCAAGGCGGGCGCCCCCAAGACGGGCGCCAAGGAGCCGAAGGACCAGCCCAAAAAACCUGGGAACCAGGGGAAGCCCUCACUGACUGAGGCCGGGACGGAGGUGGACACGCAGGCCAAUGUGGAAGGACAGAUGUACGUGGAGGCCAGGACCUACAUUGUGAUGGAAAUCUCCCUUGAGAAGCCACUGGUGCCGAAGCGGUCUCCAGAGGAGCUGGCCAGGAGGGUGAUGGAACUGAUUCCCCCCAGACCUCCCCUGCCCCGCCUACCCGUUGGAGCAGAGAGGGCGGUGCAGGAGUAUCAGGCCCAGGUGGCGAAUGUGGUGGGCCAGGUUCUGGAGCAGUACCAGCAGCUGUUCGGAUCCGCCAUGGUGCCGGGAGCCCCGCCCCUUGACCCCGCCUCCCAAGAGCAGCGCAAGGCCCAGCUCCUGGCAGAGCUCAACUACACCGGCCGGUACUUCGCCUUCAAGGAGCAGAUGAAGCACUCGGUGGUCCGGAUCGUGCGGGAGAAGAUGUUGCGGACGGAGACCUUCUCCGACCCGGAGAGGCUCCAGGCAUUCCUCAGCCGGCUGUACGUGUUCCUGGUGGACGAGAUGCACGUGGCCCUCAACAAGACCCUUUCAACAGACGUGCAGGAGAAGCCACAGCGCCCCCUGCUGGACAGCGCUCAGCUCAGGCACUUUGCCAGGGAGGCCCAGCUGAAUGAAGACUACCCGCUGGCUGCCCAGUACUACCAGGAGAGGCUGGCUCUGAGUCGCCAGGACCCCGGCCACUGGUUUGAUUUCGGGGCCUUCCACAUGCUGGCGGGAGACCAUGAGAAGGCACAGGAGUGCUUCCACCAGGCAGUCUCCGUGGAGCAGUCCCACCUGCCCAGCCUGCUGAUGUGUGGGAUCCUUGCGGAGAAGGCCGGAAGAUACGAGGAGGCGGAGACUUUCCUGGAGCGGGCAACUUCCAUCGACCCCGCCAACGUGGUAGCCUGGACCCUUUUCGGCCUCUACUACGAGAGGAGGGACAACGCCAUCCAGGCAGAGAUGGCCUUCCUGGAGGCCCAGAGGCAGCUGAGGGCUGCCCAGGCCAGCGGCCCACCGUCCAGGGAGAAGGACGGGGGCGAGAGGCAGGCGGACGAGGCUCAGGACAGGACGUCAGUCGCCAGCGACCGCCCCGCCUACAUGACAGAUGUGGAGGAGGAUGCAGACAGCAUGGUGAACAGGUCUCAGGUCAGCCAGGACGGCGGAGACGGGGGAGACACUGACCCUGAUCCCGCUGUCACCAAGCCCCCAGCAUCGCCUCCCCGGCUCAGAACCACCAUCUACAUGGAGACUGUGCAGUUUCUGCUGCAGAACAACGCCCUUCAGAUGGCAGAGAGGGCCCUGGCUCAGCAGUUGCUGUGUGCAGAGGGGGGGAGGAGCAGCUGCUACCACCAGGCUCUGGCCAGACUGCAUCUGCUGAGCGGGGACUACUGCAGCGCCGAGGCCAGCCUGAAGGAGGCGCUAAACGGCGGCUUGCAGAAUCCAGAUGUCUGGGCUUUGACUGGUCACCUGCACUACCUAACGGGGACCUUCAGCAAAGCGAAGACGUGCUACGAGAGGACCCUGGACUUUGUGACGGACGCCUCGGACAUGCACCCCGUCUACCUGCGUCUCGGACACAUCUACCUGCAGCAGGGACAGUUUGAGAAGGCCAAACCCACUUACCUGCACGGCUGCAAGAGCUCCCCGUCCUGCCUCACCUGGCUGGGAGUGGGGACUGCCUGCUACCGGCUAGGGGAGCUGGCCGAGGCGGAGGAUGCCCUCACGGAAGCCAACACCCUGAACAACGCCAACCCAGAGGUGUGGGGAUACCUGUGCCUGGUGUGCCUGCGGACUGGCAGGAAGCUGGAAGCCGAGCAGUGCUAUAAAUACGCCGUCAAGCUGGACCUUCAGACAGAGACUCUCCUGCAAGAGAUCGCACAGCUGCAGGCUCAGGUUGGGUUCGGAGAUCCGAGCUUCUGAGUCAAAUGAGACGCCGUGAUUGGGGCGGACAAGAGAUGAACAGACACUUGCUCCCGCCCACCCUCUCUCUGUUAGCAUUUGCUUGAAAGGUGUGCCCGGUGUGCUCGAUAUUCAUCAUCAUGCUAGAUGUUGGUGAUGAAUCAAAUGUUCUGAUAUCAUAAAUUAGUGAUGUUAAGAUAUUAACAAGACAGUUAACAAGGUUGUCUCAAACUGUUCCAAAUUGACAAUAAAUAUUUUGAUAUAACAUCAUAAGUAUAUACUAAAAAUUUGGGAGUUAAUAAGUAUCCAUGUGGUAUCCUUCCCCAGGACUGAA